GUGAGAGGGAUUCUCAGAUCCGAGCAUUUAUAACACUCAGCAGCUGGGGGUUAAACUUGGAAAUCCGAGAUGGAUGGUUACGCGACUCUGAUUUUCCUCUUCUUUGGAUGUAGCUUGAGCUCUUGCUCUAAGUUCCCCCUGCCUGAGUACUAUUACGUAAACUUGCUCAUGAACUGGACCGACGCUCAGGAUUACUGCAGAGUGCAUUACACUGACCUGGCCACCCUCGAAUCCAUGGAUGACAUAAAUAGGCUAAAAGCGGAUUUUUCCUAUAAUUUGUCAUGGGUGGGACUGAGCAGGGACCCCAACUCCAGGAGAUGGUCAGCGACGGUCGAAGCCAACACAACUGGUUUUCACGCCUGGGCUGAAACUGAACCAAAUCAUAUUGGUGGAAAUGAAAACUGUGUGCUAAUGAGCACUAAUCGGCAAUGGAGAGAUUAUUCCUGUGAUCGCGUCAGGACGUUUGUUUGUUACACUGUCACAAACCAAAACGACACAACCUAUGUCUUCAUCCCAACUCCUGGAACAUGGAAUUUUGCCCAGGAAUACUGCGGAGAACAUCACACAGACCUGGCUGUGAUCCGGACUGCAGUAGAAAAUGAUAAGGUCUUUUCUGUAAAACCACCUCCAGCUCAAGUUUGGAUCGGUCCGCACCGAGUGCGAUGGACAUGGGCCGACUCGUCUCAAAGCUCCUUCAGAAACUGGAAAGCUGACGAACCCGAGAACUGCGAUGGCGACCAGCUCUGCGCGGCCGAGAAUGACUUACAUGAAUGGAUCGAUACCAAUUGUCAGAAUAAGAACACAUUCAUCUGUCAUCAAGGUGAAUGUUCAAUGACAAAGACAAACUUUUGGUUUAACCAAAUUUUUACAGCAGGUCCAUUGUACUUUCCAGUUGCAAAAUUGAGGACCGUGGUGAGGCUGACGACUGAGACUAAUGCUGACAUGACCGAUCCAGCUAUUCAGGCCCAGAUCCUCCAGCAGCUCGGCGCAGCGCUGACGAAUCUGGGAGGGGCAAACUUCAGUCUGCAAUGGAAGAUUGGGCCCAAGAAAAAGGAGAAACCCUGACGGAAAGAUCUUGUACACUACACUUCAAUAUAUGUUUCUUCUGACGGAUUUUGUUUCAUGGUUAAUUAGGUCAUUUGUUGUGAUGACACUUAAGCUAGAAAUAAGUCAACAGAAUCGGCAGGUUAGUAGAUGUAAUUAAUGAUGCCAAGUAAAACUUUCCUGACGCUCCGAAAAUGACUCAGGGGUUUCGGUCUCAUGGCCAGUCGGCCCGCGGGUUCCAGCCCCGACCAGUGCAGGUCCAAAAGUCCACAACAAACAUUUUUCUCCGAAAGCGCUUACUGCCCAUUUAAUACCCCUGAAGCAGAAAUGUGUACAUUAUUUUCUGCAGACCUACAUUAUCAUUAUACUACAGAAAUUAUCUUUUUAUUUGUCGAUGGAUUACUUUCGAAAGUGCGCUUGUAGUGUCUGAUUGUGACGACGAGAAAUGGGAAAGUAGAAGAUUCUUUCGUUCAGUCGUAAUCCAAGUGGGCUGUUUUGCAUCAAACUCAGCGCUCAAUCAUUAUGGCCAAAGUGCGGACGUGCAAGACGGACAGUUAUUGUAAAAUAUGAAUGCGGCUAGUGACAAGAGCAGAGACACUUUUACUGCUUUAUACCCAAGUGCUCACAAAGACAACUAGAAUAGCGCUCAGUGUAUACCUCCACCAACGCCCAACAAUCUCUCUACGAAACCACAUUGAAAUCUGCUAGAUCCAGAUUUUUAUUUGGAUCUGCACCAGAGCGGAUACACUCAAAGAUGCACAUCUACUAAAUAAGCCAGAUUUUUUUUCUUCUUCAUCAAGAUCUAAAAAUGUCUCGCAAUGUUAAAGACAGUGAUGGAAAAAAGCAACCCCUGGAUCCGCCCCUUUGUCUUCUUUCUUGGCCCCUGUCCCAUAAUUCCACCAUGGUUUGUGGAAAUCUAUUCAAUAGUUUUUGUGUUAUCCUGCCUGCCGACUGACCAACUGACCGACCGACCAACCAACUAGAAUGUCUCAGUAAGCCGCAACAAAUUGCUCACACACUCAUAGAGAUCAGUCCCUUUUUAUACGCCUGAUUUUUUUCAUUAGGAUCCAUGAAUUAUUCCCCGGGAAAAUUGUCGGGAUCUGAACCAACACUUAAUGGGUUCUCUAAUCGGUCCAUGUCCCAUCAUUCCACCAAAGUUCGUGGAAUUCUGUUCUUUUAUUAAUCCUGCUGACAAGAAACUAUCAAACCGACCAACAAACAGACAGACAUGGGUGAAAACAUAACCGCCUUGUUGGAGGUAGCCAAGGUUGCCCAAGGUCGUCACAGAGCGUCUCAGUCAAACCACUUUCUGUGGUUAAUCUCCAGUCGCAUUUAAAAUUGAAUUAUAAAGCAAUGAAACGUGAGCCAUGUAGAGCCCCAGGCCAGCCUCUGCCAGCCAGAGAAGUUCAGCCGGUGUUGUCAUGAUUCUGCCCCCAUGCACUCCGUGAACUUUUUGUUUUUCUUUGUGGACUCUGAUUACUAUUCCUUCUUGUGUGUCUGUUAUGUUAGUCCCUCGAUCCCUUGUUGUUGGUUCCUGUUUUAUUCUGUAGUAACUUUCCUUGCGUCUCCUCACUUCUGUAAUAGAAAAUAUUCUAUAUACUGUGUUACAUAUACUUUGUACCGUGUGCAUAAACUUAUGUAUUGGAUUUAUAGCUCAAAGUGCACUGCUCUGUGUUUCUCCUGACGACUCCCAGAGCUCAUGGCAUGCUUACAUGAGACCUUUACCUUGAUGCCCUUAUUUAAUUAUGCAAUUAUUGUAUAAGGCUUUUAUCUUUGAUUGUGCCUAAAGGAAACAGAUCCAAGAUUCACGGUGACGACUGUGUCUACAAGUAAAGCGCUAAGAAGAAAAAUACACCUCACAAUGUGAGGCAGUGGAAGUAAGGAGGAAGCCCCUCCUGAGGGUCCUAUAGUUUACAUAGUGAUAAGAAAACACGGUCCAGAAUCAGUAAUGCGUUUAAAUCACUGGGGGUUCUCUGAGUUCUACUACACUGAAAAAGCUUGAGAAAAGCUUGAAAAAAGCUGAGAUAAAAAUGAAAGAAGGAAAGAAACUCAAAAUGGCGGAUUUGCGGGAAAGAGAAUUACAAACCAAAUGCCUCUCAUGUGAAUGUCAGAGAAGAGAAAAUCUCCAACUCGCCAGAGCUUUAACACAGUUAAAGACUUCACCAGAGGGAAAAGCAGAAAAAGGAAAAAUUGAUUUAACUGAUUCACACACUGCCACUUCUAUUUAUCCUCCCUUAACAGGUCAUGGCUGCCCUCUCCUCAACACAUGCUCUCCUCCUCCGGCCAUAGAUGAUAACGCGGCAUCGGCCGAAGCCGACCUCAGCAGCCCCCGUCAGCAGCCACACACGCCAGGCCACGCAGGGAAAACUCCUUGUGCCCCUGGAUCCAACCCCACCCCUACCCCAGUACCCCAUGAUUAAUGUCCUAGGGCCGGACGGACCAGGUCUGGUCCACAGACCGUGGACGGAAAUGGACAUGAGAGACGCGAUGAAACACCUGCCUGACGUGACACACUCAGCAACUAAAUUCACAGACGAACUCGCGGCAUUUUGUGCACACUUCAUGCCAACGAUGGCUGAGCUCCGCAGACUUUAACGGUCCACUCAUUUCGCCAAAAACUGGCGCAGCCACAGCGACAGAAGUCCGACUGGUUGACCCCGCCUGGAAUCACGACAAUAAUCGACCAUAUCUUACAGCCCUCGAUAACAUCUGCCAAGCAAUCAGAGAGGCUUUCCCCGUCAAAGUAGAUGUGAAUACAAUUGGCAAGUGCAAGCAGGAAGACGGUGAAUCAGUGGAAGCGUUUUAUCAACGAUUUUACACCGUGUUCAAUGAGAACUGCGGCAUGACGGAACCAGCCAACCGGGGGGGGGACACUGCGAGUCUCUGGGAGUUCCACUUCAGACAGACUUUCCUCCUCAGCGAUCCGAAUAGAAAGCACGUGGAAGCGUAUCUUGUCGACUGGCAAAACGCCCGCUUAACUGAAGUCAAGAGAUACGCUGUAUACACUCAUAGGCACCUCACUGCAAACACAGAAAAAGCUGCACGUCGGCAGGCCUACGAGCUUCGCAAUGUCCACCUCACCAUGGUUCAAGCUGUGGGACAAAUGGCUGGAGGACAAGACCACCAGCGGCCCACAGACAAAUCCACACCGCCCGCCGUUUCAAAGACAAGGCGGAAGAGGACGCCCCAGCAGAGGGUACGGCAACAGAGGACAGAGAGGCUCUUGGUAGAAUUUUCCAUCCGUGGAAGAAGAGACACUUGUUUCGUUUGCCGUCAAAAAGGGACGCUGGGCCAAAGACUGUCCCCGACGACGCGAUUCGGCCGGAAGAGGAGCGAGACGAGGUGGUCAUCACUCUGAUUGACUGACAGACGAGGAUGGCGGAGGGGCGUGUCUGCCUUCCUGCCUGCAGAGACUACAGAGAAACAAACAGCAAUGUGAAAAAGACACUGUCACACUGCUGCACCACCUGGCAGCCGAAGGCCACAAGGCUAGUUUGUCUAAAUUACAGUUUGUGCAGGAGGAAGUGUGUUUCUUGGGACAUCUGGUUUCCGGUGAGGGUACAACCCUCUCCCCCAAGCGCAUUUCUGCCAUCGUAAAUCUGCCUAAAGCUCAGAAAAAAACAACAAAUGAUGUCCUUUCUAGGCAUGUGCUCCUAUUGCAGGUGUUUCAUCCCCAAUUAUUCUCAGCUUGAAGCUCCACUCAGCGUGAUGAUACAUGGUCAAUGUCUCUCCUCCCACGCAUCUGUUCUCCCUGACUCCUUCCGCCGAGCACGUCUUUAUCCACAUGACAUCGGCUCUGCAAUCCCCACCGACGCUGGGACUGCCCGACCCGCACAAGCCUUUUACUCAGGCUGUAGACGAGCGCGACCGAUGCAAGAGCUCCGUUCUGUAACCACAACACGGCGACAGCAGUACUGUUUUUUUGCUCAAAAACACUGUCAAGCCUGCGUCACAUGUGCAACACACAUCGUAGGAAGACCAGUACAAGUUUCAGCACAGGCGGCACAUGCACCAACUACACGACCAUUUGAACAUGUGAUGAUGGAUUUUAUUGAACUAGAUCCAUCUGAAGGCAAGAAACAUUGUCUGGUAAUGGUGGAUAUGUGGUCCAAAUGGGUGGAAGCCUCAAAACAAACAGCUGGAGUAGUAGCUAAAGCACUGCUCACCGAAAUUAUUCCCAGAUGGGGAAUCCCGAGCAGAUUGUCCAGCGACAACGGGACACAUUUUGUCAACCCAGCCAUUCGAGAAGUAAGUUGCUAUUUGGGCAUCGAUCUAAAAACGCAUUGUGCAUAUCACCCAGCCAGCGGAGGCGCUGUAGAGAGAGAGAGUGGAACAAUAAAAACUAAAUUGGCCAAAUGCUGCGAAGAAACCGGUCUCCCAUGGACAAAAGCUCUGCCGCUGGUUCUGAUGUACAUGAGGAUGAGGGAAAAAAACGAGAAAUAAUCUUAGUCCUUUCGAAGUGAUGUUUGCAGCACCUCCCCACAUUGGUGUUGCUCAUCCGGGGGAGUCUCCCGCCUCGACAACCCUCUGUGACAGGCAGCCGCAGCUCUCCCACACCCGGCAGAGAGCCAGCUAAACAGGAUUCAGCCAGGCGACUGCGUGGUGGUAAAGGACUUCAGGAGAAAGAACUGGAGAUCCAGACGGUGGCAAGGACCGUUCCAAGGGCUUCUGGUCACACACACGGCUGUGAAAGUGGCAGAAAGAGCCACUUGGAUUCACGCCAGCCACUGCAAAAGAGUUCCGCUCCCCACAGGGCCACCUUUGACCAUCCGAGAGUAAAGGUAUUUGCACAUUACAAUCCGUGCCAAAAAUACCCGACAUUGAACAGCACCACCGAGUGAGAGCGAGGCUCGAACCGGUGGCUACGCUGAUUACAUUGUUAGCACGUCACACAUGGCAAGACGACGACGACGACAUCUCCUCCACCUCAUCAAGGGACGUGCAGACUUGUCUGGGUGUCACCUACGCGACCAUGGAAGAGCUGCAAACAGCCGUGGCACCCCUUUCGAGGCCCAUUGUUUUGUGGUUUUCACUAUGUUUCUUCUGAUUCUUAUCUCUGCCAUAAUUGUGGUUCCCAUCCUGUAUUUUAUCGAAGAAAGCGAGACAGUUCAUUAUAUACAUAUCAGACCUUUCCCACGGAACGACACAGGUAACGACGCACCAGCUGACACUGCCCCACCUACUCUGCGAUACAGACUUCCGAGACACGUGACUCACGUCGACCACCCAUGGUUAAAAUUCAACCCCGACCACUCCACCGUGUACGAGACAAACACGUGGUGGAGAUAUGCAAAACACAUGUCGCGCACCGCAAACAGAUCUACCUGUUAUGUUUGCUCCCUCAUGCCCCUUUCUUCACGUCCCAACUGUCGUGGCUACAGGAACCAAUACUCGCGCGGAAGCAUGCUUUACAAGCAUGGCAGUCAAGGGUCAUUUCCACUUUCACCCUGAUUUUCCUGGCAUGUCCCCUAAGGAAGGUCUUUCGACGCAUCCUGUCACAAGAUACAAAUCUGGUGACCUCUUUGAAUCUCAGUUCCGCAUCCCUGUACAAUAUAAACCAGGUUUGAAAUUGAAACACUGUUUUGCUAAUAACGGCAGUUACGGAGUGGGUCAGCUGCACUCGAGCUUAUGCUGCAGAGUCUUAAUUCCUGGCAAAGCAGUAUACGACCCUGAUUGUGUAUCCGAUUUCCCCCGCACCGACUGUAAAUGCGCGUAUCCCUCUUUCCGCAGGAGUUGCACGUGGUGUAAUGAAUCACUCGGCUUCACUGUAGCACGGUGCGCUAAUCUUUCGUCCGCUGAGCUAUAUACCAGAUCUCGAUGGGAGCGCACGCAUGUAUGUUGUCUUGAUUGCAAACACCGCCUCUUACCCUACAGGCCAUGAUUACGCCCCCUAUUGGAAGAACUUUGUACCAGGUAACAACAGCACUUAUCCCGUCGCAGGUGCUUGGUGGUUGUGUGGCCAUUUUGCUUAUGCGGGGCUACGACUAACUUAUCAGAUCACACUGUUAUCCUUUCCUCUGCUCCCAUACAUGGCAGAGACACACGUGAGCUUGCUGAUUUCGCUCCCCACGACUCUGUAUGGGGUACAGACGUCCCUGACGAAUUCAAACACUGGACUACUAGCCAGAAGGUCGUCCUCUAGCUUUUUCCUUUGGGUGGGCGUAGGUGAGACCCUCCUCAGAUUAGAGACAAUGGACUACAGGUUCAAAUCUUUUGUUAACUUCACCUCCAAUGCCCAAUCAGGUACCAUUGAAGAGCUCACCGCUAUGCGCCUUAUGAUAAUGCAGCACAGGUUGGUCUUGGACCAGGUCACGGCUCCCCAAGGAGUAGUCUGUGCCAGUGUGGGCCAGUAUUGUUGUACUUUCAUUCCUGAGAACGACGCAGAGGGUCACGUAAUCGCAGAGGGCGUACACAACAUGACUGCUUUGCCUUCUGCUCCGGACCGAAUUAAAUACUUCGACGAAAUCCACUUUGUUCAAAGAAUCUUUAUUCCAGCCUCUCCACCGGACACACGAAAGAUUUUCCAGUACACUUCCUUUCCACCUGUCUUGUUGUCUUGUCACUGUACAUUUUCUUGUUUCCCUGUGAUUGUCUGUACCUGUUCCUAAUGUGUCUCACCUGUGUUCAAUCCCUCCCCUUGUGUACUCGGGGCGGUCAUAGGAAAAUCUCACAGCGCUGCUCAAGGAAUCCGACUUUCACUAUACUAAGUCAACAUGCGACGGCGGAUGUUAUUGACGUGCGUCUGCAGUUGUGAAACUACAAAUUUCCGAAGAUGGACAACAAAAAACGCAUGAUGACAUGCGUCCCUCCUGGGUCAUAUUCAUACUCAUCUUCUUCUUCUACUCCGGGUUGAAUCGUUUACUAUCCUGCAUGGCGCGUCACGUUAAAUAUCGCUGCCGCAAUGAAUUGUGGGGCGUCUAUUACUCCUUUCAUUUUCGCACAGGAAAGUCCAGUGUACCCUAUGCUAAAGGAGAUAGGAACGGAAGCAUUGAAGCACCUUUCCUAUGCAUUUAAAGAAUCCGAACAGCUCUUAUCAUGGAUGCUGAUCAAAUAAUUACGGGAUCACUUCAAGAUUUAGGAAACAAUUCGACCGCACCCGUUGUCUCUGUGCACACAGUUCGUCUGUUUAGUUAUGUCUUCCUGUCCAGCUUCGCAUUAUUCUCCAGAGGGUUUCUCCUAGUUUUCUCAUUUGGAUUUCUGUUUUUGUUUUUCCUUAUUAAACCUACCUUUGUUCCAGCAUUUGGGUCCUGCUUCACAAAAACCUCACAGGAUGUUAUCCAAAUCUGAGAGCAGCAUUUGCUGUUAAUAGACACAUCGGCUACUGGAACCUUGACAUUUUUCAAAGUUGUUUUUUUAAUGAAUCCAUACAAGAUUGAUGAUUGGAUGGAUUUUAAUCAUUUUCUAUAAGUAGAGAGCAAUAGAGGUGUUUUCUGCCUUAUGUUUUUCAGUGAGGAUUUAAUGUUUAGGUCUAUAUAUACACUGUAUAUUAAUGACCACAGCAGUUGUGAAUGUGUAUAAUUGUAUUUAUCAGAUAAUGAGUUGAAAUCUGCUUAUUCUGUGUGCUGAACUUGUGUUGAACUUUCUUGGCUCCAUAUUUUUAAAAUGAAUAAAAGAUGGAUGACUUUG